AUGGCUGUCGGUGCAUUCAUGCUUAUUGCCGCCUGCGUUAUAACGCUUGAAAAUCGUGAUAGUCACGCUCGAAUUAUUUAUGGGGAAACGAAUGAUGACCGGAAAAAAAAUAGGAAGAAAAGUGAAAGCGAUAUACGGGUUGUGGCACCAAAGAAGCUUACAUUUGAAGAAGUUCGGAACUGGAGACCACGGAGAUGCCGCUUGUCAAGGGAGUUGUACGAGGGCCUGAUUAAUGAAUUCAAAAAUCCUCUUGGUACUAGGAAAGAAGAAACAGAAACAGAAGGAGAGGAAGAGGAAGAGAAAAAAGAAAAUGAUGUGGAGAAACAGAUGCCAACGAGGAGAUUCAAUGGUUCUUGUGGCAAGUAUGAUUUGAUUUCAAAUCUUUUCAAACUACAACCAAUUGAGAGAGAGCCAAAACAAAGACAAAACGUUGUAGCCGAGAUUCAUGCCGAACCUGACGAUUCAGACGAUUCUAUGCUCUCAGCAACUUCAUCAGUUUCUGCAAAAGUACAACUUCCUUCGCAAGAAGAUAUAUACUCUGUUAUGUCAAUAGCACAAAUGGAACUUUAUGACCUCGACGAGUCAAGUUUUAAAGAUGAGUUAUCGCUGGUGAUAAGAAGAGAUAUAACGAUCGACGAUAUGACCUUGAGUCCGAUUAGCAGUUUUUCGAAAAGCAAACGACCAAAAUCGGCCUGCUGUGCAAACACUUCCAUAAAAAUAACUGAUUAUGAUUCGCAUGAUCUGUACGAUCGGUUUUUUGCACGAUCCCAGUUUAGAAGAAAAAACGACAAUCGUGAUAACUCCCUGCUGACACUUGCUGUUGAUAAAGCACCUGUUUCUGCGGCAAGAUAG